GGAGUUGCAUGCUUAUUGCCUCUUUCUCGUUUACAGUUCAUUUUCACCCAUUCUCUUACUUUUUGACUAAGAACACUUCUUAAAAAAAAUGGCAGAAAACACAAGUCCAGCUAUCACUAUGACUUGUGAGGUUUGUUCAGAGUAUUAUACUGACCCCCUCAUGCUUCCCUGUCUUCACUCAUUCUGUAAGAAGUGUCUAAUGAAAGCUAAAGAGAAGCAAGGUAGUGCUGAUACCUCAUUAAAGUGUCCAACGUGUGACACUAGCGUUAAUUUACCUGAUGGUAAAAUUGAAGGCCUCACUCAAAACCUUUGGUUUGAACAUAAAUCAAAAGAGGCUUCGAUCAAAAAGAAGAUCGUCAACAAGGAAGCAAUAUCGUGUGAUGAAUGUGAUGAUUCCAGUGAUGCAGCUGUUGUGUAUUGCUGUGAUUGCGGCCAGUUUUUGUGCGAUUAUUGUAAGAAAGGUCAUAAGCGAAACAAGAAAAAAGCCAAUCACAAGUUGAUCGAUCUAGAAACAAAGGAAUCCAUUGAACUGCCUACUGUCAAGCAUGAGGCAGUUUACUGUGCACGUCAUUUAGACCAAAAGCUGACGUACUAUUGCAACGAUUGCAAUAAACUGGUUUGUCCAAUAUGUCUUAACGUUAAGCAUAAAAGUCACAAUUACAAUGAUUACCUUGAUGAAGGUGAAGCAGCACGUAAAGCAUUAAAGGAAAGUGUUGCUAGUUGUGAUGGAGUCACUCCUCCAGUCACUGAAGCUAUUGCUAAUGGAGAGAAGAUGCUAGAGCAGAUAGCAACACGUAAAGAAGAAGUAAGGCAGGAAAUCAAGGAAACAUUUGAAGAGCUUAAAGCUGCUUUAGAUAAGAGAUGCAAUGAUCUACUAAUGGAGACAGAAGAGAUUGCUAGCACUAAGAGGAAUUGUGUCAAGAAGCAGUUGGACGGGUUUCGUAAACUGGUAAAACAGGUUUCUCAUGGUCGUGAUCUUGCAUCAUCAGUGAGUGAGCGUACUGAUCCAGGUGAAGUUCUGAGUGUUAAGAAGCUAAUCACCAAUCAACUAGAGGAAUGCAUUGAAGAGUAUAAGAAUUUACCUCUAGAAAUAGAAGAAAAUGAAGUGAUUGUAACACGUCUAGAUACGUCUAUUUUAAGUAAAGAAAUCAAUGAAUUUGGAAGUGUCUCUGAGGUAGAUAUAGAUGCAUACUCCAUUGAUAGUGGGUUAGCUAUUCCAUUGGCAACAGUAAAGAAAGAAAGGAAAUUCAAAGUGUCUCUACCAGCAGGCAUUGAUAAAGCAGCAAGCUAUUUAAAGGGUUCCUUUAUCAAAAGUGAUGGUAGUAAAGAGGAGGGUAGAGUUGUUAUAGUUAAUGAUAACACAGCCAUUGUAUCAUGCACACCUCAAAGUAUUGGUGGAUAUGAACUAUCAGUGACUAUAAGAGGUCACCAUAUUAAAGGUAGUCCUUAUCAACUGUCAGUAAAAGCAUCAAGAGACUAUACCACACUGACUAACCAGAGAUCCUUUAAUGUGGGAAAUUAUACUAGUGGUGUUGCUGUUCAUACUAAUGGUGAAGUAUAUGCUAGUAGUUAUGAUGGGUUUGUUCAGGUAUUUAGUGAGGAUGGUACUACAGUAAGAAGGAUUGGAUCUAAAGGUAAUGGUAAUGGACAGUUUGAAUAUCCUUGGGGUUUAUUGCUGGUAGGAGAUAGGCUCUAUGUGUCUGAUGCUAAUCUUCAUCGUGUGCAGUAUUUCUCAGCUACUACUGGUCAGUAUAUUGGUCAGUUUGGUAGUAAAAGUAAUGGAAGUGUGCAAUUCUUGAAACCUGAAGGCAUGUCUAUUGAUUAUAAAGGUAAUAUAUUAGUAGCUGAUUACAGCAACAAAAGAGUACAAGUGUUUAAAGAAGAUGGUACAUUUGUACAAGUCAUACAAUGUGAUGGUUAUGCAUCUGAUGUAGCAGUUGAUAAUGAAGGAAAGAUACACGUUACCAUUUUGGAUCAAAAUUAUAUUCAAGUCUUCUCUCCUGAUGGUAAAUCUCAUCUUGAUACAUACAAUAAUCCAGCUGGUAACUUUAAUGAUCCCAAUGGUAUUGCUAUUGAUGAUGAAGGAUAUAUCUUUGUAUCAGCUUAUAAUGGUGGUACCUCUUAUCUUCAUGUAUUGAGUCCUGGCAGGAAACAAGUUAAAUUAAUCUCAGGACCUAACCCAUUUGGUAUAGCACUGGAUAAGGAUGGAUAUAUUUAUGUUGCUGACAAUAGCAACAAAUGUAUAAUGAAAUAUUAAAGUAGUCUUUUAAUAAAACUGCAAUAAACUGUAAGCUGAUAAGUGACUGUAGAAACAUAAACUUGUACCUAUAGCAUGAAAAGAUGUUAUAAUAAUUCUUUUUUUUGAACGAAAUUAUUUUUAAAAUUUGAAAUACAAAAUU